AUGAUGUCACAAAUGGAUACUUUACAUCCUGUUACUAAAUUUUCUCGUAAAAAUGAGAAUCUAUUAAAUAUUGUACAAGAAUUAUACCAAAAAUGUCGACGACAUGAUCAAAUUUUAUGUUUUGUUAGUUCUGUCAAAGAUGUCAAUGAAUGUUGUUCAUUAUUGAAAACAAUAACUAGUGGUGUUAUUAUUGCUUAUCCUCUUAUUCAAUCACAAGAAGCUGCUACACAAAAAGAAUAUAUUGAAAAUGGAAGUGUAUUUUUUUCGACAACAGCUGCCGAAACUUGA